AUAAUGGAACACUGUGUGGGAUAAAACCCUCAGACCCCUUAAAAAGGCUUAUGCUGGAGGAUGUUUUAGAGCCUGGACGCAGAGGAAUUUAUCACUGUUCGUGUGCAAGACCCUAAGCUUCAGAAUGAAGGAUCUUGGACCUCAUGUUGAUUAUAAAAUAUUUCUCCAUACUAACAGCAAGGCUUUCACAGCCAAGAUAUCCUGUGUAAGGAGACGUUACAGAGAGUUUGUCUGGCUGAGGAAGCAACUUCAGAAAUAUGCUGGCUUGUUACCGGUUCCAGCAUUGCCUGGCAAAGCCCCCUUCUACAUGGGCAAUAAUGAUGACUUCAUAGAGAAGCGGAGACAGGGACUCCAGCAGUUCCUAGAGCAAGUUGUAGAGAACAUGGUCCUGUUAUCAGACAGUCAACUGCACCUCUUCCUGCAGAGCCAGCUCUCUGUGUCUGAAAUUGAGGCCUGUGUGAUAGGCCACAGAAACUUCACAGCUACUGAAGCUAUCUUGAGCUAUGCUAUGUCUAACCAUGGCUGGACACAAGAGGAAAGCCUUUGACCAACUGAAGAAUGUUGUGGCAAAAAGUCGUCGCACUCUGCACUUUGAUACAUAGAGGGAACAACUUGUUAAACUUUCUUUUUAGGUUUUGUUCAUGAGAUUCCUGAUGAUGGGACCAGAACCGCUGACCAUACAGUGAUCAUCUCCUUCAUGCCAGGCUCCUGUGUUUGUGAUGUGGUUGUAAGUCCAAUUAAUUGUAUAAGGAUUAUAGUUAAGUACACUUUUUAUUCAGAUGUUCCAGUCAGUUCUCACUUUUUUAUUGAAAUAAGCUGUUAAACAUUGAAUGUGAAAUAUGUAUGAUACAGUUUUAGUAGGUGUCAUAGAUUAUUAGUGACAUUGGCACUAGAGAGAUGUGAUACUUUGCUUUUACAGUAUUUCCCAGAAUCAACAUGGCUUUUUGCCCCAGAAUAAAUUUCAUAGGUUUUUGUAGAAUCUCCCUCUAUAUCAUCCACAAUAUGUUCUGUCCUCUAUCCCAGACCACACUCCGCUCAUUGUAUUACAGUUCUACAUUUCACCUAAUCCCAUUUUAUAUGGGCCGUACUCUGCUCUUAUUUAUUACUUUUUAUUUUAUUUAUCCACCUGAGAACGAGCCAUAAGCAACUCUAAUUAUUUAAGUGCUGUACUGGAAUAUGUAUUGGGUAAACUAAUUUCUUCAGUAAUUUAUUUUUCAUCCUCGGAUCUAAUUUCAGCACUGUAUUCCCCAUGAACCACCAGUGUAUGGUCCACAACUUGCUUUAGUUAUUACAGUGCUAUAUUUUCCAGUCAACCUGCAAGCCUUCUGCUUAUUAUUGUAAUGAUUUAUUUCCCAUAAUCCACCAUUGUAUGGGCUACACAAAGCUCAUACUGUAUCGUCUGCUGGCCACGGUCACCUCUAGUUAAUUCAGUAUUAUAGGUUCUCACAAUUUUUAACUGGCUGUGGAGUUUUUGUUUUGAGACUGAAUAUUUAAUUUGUCUGUACUGUCACAACUGCUGUCUAGGUCUUCCUACACUUAUCAAUCCGGUUGCCCUUCCUUAGAGGGAUAUUGGACCCAAUUUUUUUCUUUCGUGAUUCAGAUGGAGCCUGCGGUUGUGGGCGGCUUUCUGGUUUGCUCCUUUUGUCAAUUUUCUUCGUUCUCUUGCUGUCUUUAUUUGAAGGGGCGGGACUGUGGGCUUGGGAGCUGGCCCAUUUUUGGUUCGGGGCCUGGGUGGCGCUUGCUGAUUGGUGGCUACAUUUAGCCACCGGUCGGCGGGCGCUGCCUUGGUGCUGAGCCGGGGGUGUGCCUGCUCCUUGGCUUGCAUUCUUGCUUUU